GGAGACCCUUUCUCGGUUUUCAGAAUGCAAGAUCCGUCGACGUUUCAACAGUUAAAACCUCAUUUUGCAGAGCAAGAACACCUCAAGUGUCCUCGUUGUGAUUCAACAAACACCAAAUUCUGUUACUACAAUAAUUACAAUCUUUCUCAACCACGCCAUUUCUGUAAGAAUUGCAGACGUUAUUGGACUAAAGGAGGUACCCUUCGAAACAUACCAGUGGGCGGUGGAAGUCGAAAGAACUCAAAACGAUCAUCGAAUCCAAAGCGUUCUUCAUCAUCUACUACUUCUUGUUCUUCUUCAUCAACAUCAGCUUCAUCGGCCAAUAUACUUCCGAAGCCUGAACCUUCAAGUAUCUACGGCUCAUCGGUUAACAAUAUGGAUCAAGAUCGUCGGAUGCUAGAUAUUACAGGAAGUUUCAGUUCUCUUCUGGCUUCGAAUGGUCAGUUUGGGAAUCUAUUAGAAGGUAUGAAUCCAAAUGCUUCAAACAUUCGAACAGUUCAAUUUGGAGAAUUUGCUGAGAAUUCAAGUUCAGGAUCAAUUGGGAAUCCUACAUUAGAGUUGCAGAGCAACAAUAACCAGGAGGCAUUUUUGGGCAUUCAAGGUGGUGGUGAUUCAAGUUGCUGGAAUGGUGGAAAUGGAUGGCCUGAUCUCGCCAUUUACACACCAGGUUCGAACUUUCAAUGAAAAAAGAUAGAAAUAUAAAAUCAAGACACCUCUUUUUUUCUUCCCUUUGCUAUGAUAGUAGACGUAUUUUAGCAUUCUCUGAUUGUAAGGUGGCAUUGGUUGUACUUGGGUGGUGUUUGUUAGUAGGGGUAGAAGGGGAGAAAAGUA